AUGGAUUGGUCCACAAGGUCCACAAUUGAGAUGAACUGGGAGGAUAAUCAGCGCAAUCACUAUGGCUACCAUAUGAUGGACCUCUCUCAAGCUCAGCCUCAUCUAUUCCCGCUCGUCUCCUCCGACCAUGAUUGGAGGCGGAAUGGGGAUGCAAGAUCAGUGGCGACAUCGAACUCGAAUGCUAUUUCGUCUUCCCAAGUCAAGCCAGCUUCCAGUGAGGGUUUUGACUGGGAUACCUUAUCUUCUUCGACAGACGCUGUCAAUUUGACGUCAACUAACUUCGGUCACCCUUCUCCAAAUCCCGGUCUGAGUUGUUCUCCCGGGACUGAAUCGGCUUUCUUCUCGCAUACCGAUCGCAUCUCGCCCGGGUGCCGGUCUCUGGUCUUCUCAGGUCAACAAAGUUGCGAGGGGAAUGCCAGCAACAAUAAAGUCCACCAUCGGCCCCUCGAAAUUCGGUCUCACGCUCAUCUUCGACCUACAAACAAGGGGACCAAAAGACUUCAGCCGUACGUCUAA